AUGGCAACAUUUGACUACCGCAGUUCAAAAAGGAGAUCUGCCGAUCAGGGAGUUCCGUCACGGUUUUCAAAGGAGAACGAAGCAUUGCGUUCAUCAGCAAGGAAUGUUGCAUCUCCGUUCACUGAUGAAAUUCUGAACGCGCCGAAUCCGAAGAAGUUUUCCAUGCCAAUUUUCAUUCUGUUUGAUGGAACAACUGACCCGAUCGACCAUAUCUACCACAUUCAGUUGAAAAUGGCUCUGAAUACUAACAAUGAUUCUUUGAUGUGCAAAUGCUUCCCUACAAGCUUGGCUGGACCAGCCCUCAAUUGGUUCAAGAAUCUGUCUCAGGGCUCAAUUGCUAGUUUCCAGGACUUGUGUGAUAAGUUCAUAAGCCAGUACUAUAGGAAUAAACAUCCGGCUAAGGAUGUAUCAAGCCUUUUCGCAAUGAAGCAGCACGAGGAUGAACGACUCCAAGCUUUCCUCACCCGGUUCAACCUGGUUAAAAGCAUGGUAAUGGAAUGUCAUCCAUCCACAGCGGUCCAAGCAUUUAAGCUCGCAAUGAACCGGGGGACACCGUUCUACACAAGCUUGGUGGUCAAUACGUCGAAGACCAUGGAUGAGCUGAACGAAAGAGCUGCCGAUUUUUUUUGUCUUAAGGAAGAAGAGGCAGCUAAUUCAAGGAAGAUGUCAAUUAUUUCGACAAAAGAGAAGUCCAAAGCCAAAAUUCGGCAAAAAUAA